GGUGGCGAAGUUGAAGUUGCCCAAAGAACACUCGCCGCGCAUCUAGAAACAAUGUCCAAGAUCAAGAAGUUCUUUUCACGGAAGAAGGAGGAGGCGGCGGCCUUUAAACUCAAGCUAACAGGCAGUUCGAUGGGCACGGGUCACAAGCUAAAUGCGCCUAAACAGGAAGCUCCUGCAAGUAGUUCCCGCCAAAAAUACGAAGCUUAUGUGCCACCAAAACGAAAUGAUCUGAGUAACGAGGCCCGGGCAGCUGCCAAUGCAGCACUAGCUCGCAUUGACAAGAAAACAUCUAGAGAAUUCAAUACCUCUCUAUCGGCUGUGAAGGCUCAAGCCAAAAGGGAACUGGAGGCAGAGCGUCGUCAGAAGGAGGAGAUAGAGUCCACGGCAUCAAGCGUCAGCACAGCCCCUUCCGCUUCCGGUGGCGACAAUCGCAAUCUGGCCUGCGAAGGCGUCUUCUUCCGCUGCCCAAUGAUCAGCGAAGAGGUUUUACCCAAAAGCGUGUGGAAGGCUCGGAUCAAGGAGUUCCUGUACCAGCAACUGGAGGGAGAUCGUGGCCUCACCGGCUGUCUGAUCAUCCAUAAUUGCAAUGUCAAGGAGAAGGCCGACGAGUGCAUUGCCACGUUAAUUCGUUAUCUGGAGAACCUUAUAAAAAAUCCCGAGGAGGAAAAGUUCUGCAAGAUACGCAUGUCUAAUAAGAUCUUCAGCGAGAAGGUGCGCUACGUGGAGGGUGCCCUAGAUGUUCUACAAGCAGCUGGUUUUAACGAGGUUAAGAUCGACGAAGAGCAAUUCUUGCUCUGGACUAGAGAGCAAACUGAACAAGAUCUUGACCUGCCUACGCUGGUGGAGGCUCUUAAGAACUCGGAGACCAUUCCACUUGAGCUUGACCGAAACAUAAAGGUUCUACUUCCAUCGCAAGCACGCCGUGUUGUACUACCCGACGAAUUCUAUCGCUUGGCGCCAGAGGAGAUCAAGAAGGAGCAGCAGUUACGUUCGGAAGCCAUUGCCCAGUCCCAGAUGCUAAGAACCAAGGCAAUGCGGGAGCGCGAGGAGCAGCGCAAUUUGCGCAUGUAUCGAUACGCUUUAGUCAGGGUUAAAUUUCCCAAUGGACUCUUUAUACAGGGCACUUUCAAUGUUUAUGAGAAAAUCUCCGACGUGUUUGAGUUCGUGCAAUCUUGCCUGGGGGACGAAAGCCUUGAUUUCACCCUGAUAGCCACCAGCGACGGCAAACUGGGCGAGGAAGACCUGGAAAAGACACUAUUCGACUGCAAACUCAUUCCGAACUCCUUGCUGCUGUUUAACGCAAAUGGAGUGCCUGCUCCCGUUCAAGCGGAUCUGAACUACUUAAAGGAGGAUCUUCUCAUGCUAGUGCAGGCCAUGUAGAAGUGCUUUAUUCCAUCUAAUCAGCUGUACUUGUCCCUUACAUUAUAACGAAGCUGUUGUUAUUUAUUACUUUCAAAUCUAUUAUUCAAAAUCAAUUAUUAAACGCACUUUUCAAGAAAAUGUA